AUGGUGGGCUGCGCGUCGACACUGUUUGGCGCUGGAGGUUCGGGCGCAGAGGAGGUGGACCGACUGGGAGGCGGUCUUUCGGUUCCCGCCAAUCCCCUUCCUUACCACCUGCAGAUAUGGUCCCAAGGUGUCAAGCAGCCGCCCAUCCUCCCGCCAUUCUACCGCGCGUUCAUCCAGGGCGUGCUCUCAGCGCUCGUCUUCCUGCUCGUGUCCCCCUCGCUCGACCUCACGCGCAUCAGCGACCGCCACAAGAACCGCACCUAUCCCUUCCACCGCCGCUGGCUCGUGGCGUACCACGCGUGCAUCGUGUGGCGCUUCCGCGCGUACAUCCUCUGGAGCAUCACCGAGGCCGCCAUGAUCACCGCCGGGCUCGGCUUCAGCGGCUGGGAGACCCCCAAGGGGGACCCUGGGAAGGCCGGGGACGUGAAGGGGACCGGGGGGGGAUUGGAGCGGGCGAACGGGAAUGGGAAGGGCGGUGGGUAUGGGGAUGCGGGGAAGCAGGAGGGUGAUAAGGCAUGUGCGGCGCCUGCAGGGGAGGGGAAGGCCCUGUGGAGCCGGGCUCGCAACGUGGACAUACAGGGGGUUGAGUUCCCCAAGAGCUGCCUCGUCUUCGCCACCACGUGGAACAUCUCCUACGGUCUCUGGCUCAUGCUCUGUGAGUCCGCACCGCUCUGUAUCGAUAUCUGA